AUGUCAUCUCUUACGAACCCUGGUCACAAAGUUCUCUCGCCCUUCAAGCUAUCCCAUGUCGUACUGCAUACUGCUAAUUUUGCAGUGAUGCGCGAUUUCUACAAGAUCUUUCUUGGCGGCCGUGCUACUUUCGAAAAUGACCAAGUUUCUUUCCAGACAUACGAUGAAGAAGACCACCGUAUUGGAAUCAUCUCGGCACCGCCAGGUGCGAGUCACGCAAAAGCAGGUCUUGCCAUGGCGUAUUUGCAGCGAAAGAACAAUGGUAUCGAGCCGGUAUGGUGCGUCAACCAUGGACCAACGACCAGCAUCACAUACUCAGAUCCAGACGGCAACUUGUUAGAGACUCAGGUUGAGAACUUCGAUUCUGUGAAAGAGUCGCUAGCUUUCCUAGAAACGGACGAGUUUGAAAGGAACCCAAUUGGUGUUAAGUUUCAGCCGAAAGACCUUGUCCAACGCCUGCUAACAGGGGAGUCUCAUGCUUCCAUCAAGAAACGUCCCGUGAAUGGCAAGCGCGCUAUUCCACCACUCUGA